CGGUUCCUUCUCCUUCCUUGCAGCCCGGAGCAGAUCGAACGGAGGCGGCGUCCAAACCGGUCCUUUUUUCCCUUCAACAACCACACCAUCUACUGCAAAUCCUCCCUCCUUUCCUUCCCCUGCAAACGAGGAGUUACAUUGUCCUGCUUCUACUGCAACAGCUCACCAGCAGCCGUUUGUCCUCUGAUCACUUCUUGAUUUAUGCAUCGGUCUGAGCAAAUUCUUUACUGAUCAGUGAUCGCGCAAUGCCGUCGCCGUCGUCUGUGCCGGAAAUCGUGAGCUGUUCUUCCGAGGAUCAGUCGUCGCCGAUGAUCACGUUCACCGGCGACGAGUUCGUGGUGCAGGUGGUCUCGAGGGACGUCUCCGACGAGCUACUCGGCAAGUUCGCGGACACCAGCGAGUUCGACUUCGACUACGACCGGAGCGGCCUCUGGUCGCCGCUGGUGCUGCGGCCGGAGUUCCUGCUGCUCACGCAGCCCCCGGGCCGCCGCCGCGGCCGACGGCUACGGCGCCGGAAGAGGAGGAAGGUGCGCACUGUAGAAUCGAUCUUUCGGUGCGCGUAG